UUUCGCAAUGUGGCGCACUGUCACUAUCGGCACCGCGUUACUCGCGGCAGCAGCGCUGCUGAUGGCAUCGCGCAACGCGCACAAACCCGCCGUCGCGAACAAAUCCUCGCUCCUCUCCCGGCGGCUGUCAACGACCGCUGAGCCAGCGUUUGAGCCGCUCUGCUCAGUCGACUGGAAGCGCUCCAAAUGCAUGCGCGGCGAGAAGGUCCUGCCGUGCCCCGAGAGGCCGCACUCGGGAGCGACGCCGAUCGGGACCGGGGCGUGGGAGCUGACCGAGACCUACACCUACUUUCUCGACCGCGGCCUCACCGCCGCCAUCGCCCACCUCGUUGACGGCGGCUCGGUCCUCGAGUUUGGCGCAGGCGAUUCUUUUGAGACCAUUCCGUAGACACUUCAUCUCGCUACCACCACCACCACCCGCCACGCACUCGCCGCCGCGGCCGGUCCCUGCUGCGUGGUAGGUACAUCCCGGGAGGCAAACUCAGGGCGAGGGACUGCACGCCCACGACACGCCCAUGACAUGUCCACGACACGUCCACAUGCGCAUGCACAUGUGACAUGACACACCCAUGACAUUUCCUUUUGACCCCCGGCAGGCAAGGCUCGCCGCAGGUUGCUGCGCUGACGCGAGGGCGCGGUGGCGGUAGAUGCGCACCACGCGCACCCGCGCGCACCCGCACAGUCGAGAGGAGACGGAUGGCGGCAGUCGGGGGAGGAGGCAUCGCCGGGUCUGAUGGCAGGGUCUGGCCUCACGGCCCAGUCU